AUGUUUAUUUAUCUAGUAUUUCUUGUAUUUGAAGCAUCAUACAAUUUUUCAUAUACUGGGAGUGCCCAAACAAAAGCACUUGAUCCUGGAUUCUAUAAAUUUGAAGUUUGGGGUGCGCAGGGUGGUGGAUCUUUAAACUCUCACUCUGGCAUAGGAGGAAAAGGAGGUUAUUCUGUUGGGUAUUUAAACUUAAAUGAAGUAACAACAGUCUAUAUCCAAGUUGGAGGUGUUGGAAAAAGAAAAGAAAAUGGAUUGGCAGAAGGUGGAUACAAUGGAGGUGGAUGUGCGUGGGCAGGUGGUUCAAGUUAUCCAGCACAUGGUGGUGGAGGUGGAACAGACAUCAGAAUCAACGAAGAUAAUAUUUAUUCACGUGUAAUUGUUGCAGGAGGCGGUGGAGGUGGUGGAGAAGAUCGAGAAACAGGAGGUUUUGGAGGUGGUCUAACUGGAGGUGGAAAUUCAGCUGGAAAUUAUGAUCCAGGUACUCAAACUUCAUCAUCAAAUGGAGGUGCUUUCUUUCAAGGAGCACAUACUGCAUGGGAUGGAGGUUGUGGAGGUGGAGGUUGGUACGGUGGAGGUACUGCUGAUGGCUCUCAAAUGAAACCAACGUCAGGUUCUGAAGGUGAUUCUAAUGGAGGUAGUGGAGGUAGCGGUUAUGUUUACACAGAAUCAACAGCAAAAAACUAUCCAAAUGGAUGCAAACUAACAUCGAAAUACUACUUGAAGGAUGCAUCUACAACUGGUGGAGAUCAAUCUAUUCUAGAACCAGAUGGAACAAAAUCAACAGGACAUUCAGGAAAUGGAUUUGCAAGAAUUACUUUAAUUGAUACAGAUCUUAAUUUAUUAUCAUCUGGAAAUGAUUAUAUUGUUUCGGGAUUUAGUAAUAGAUGUGUCAAUGUUGUUGAAAUAAAAUCAGUAGCAGAUGGAAAGAAUGUUGUUUCCAUUGCAAAUAAUGCAUUUAAAAAUCAAAGUUGUAUCGAAGAAGUAAAAUUACCAGAAACAAUCAGAGAAAUUGGUUCUAAUGCAUUUGAGAAUUGCAUCAAUCUUGUUAAAGUUUCAUUUAUUACUUCUUCAUCACUUACUACAAUAGGAAGUUCGGCAUUUAAAAGAUGUUCUAAACUUAAUUCAUUUGGUGAUUUAUCUAAAGUUACAACAAUCGGUGAAUAUUCUUUCCAAUGGUGCCUAGCUUUGAGCUCUUUAUGUAAUUUAUCUCAUAUUACAUCUAUUCGCGACUAUUGUUUUCAAUGGUGUUCAUCUUUAAAUUCAUUAGGUGAUUUAUCAAAAGUUACUUCCGUUGGUGAUUGUUGUUUUCAAGGAUGUGGAGUUUGA